GCAGGGGCAGCGGCACCGACACCGACACCAGCACCGUCAGGAUGUGGUACGAGAUCCUGCCCGGCAUGGCCAUCAUGGGCGUCUGCCUCAGCAUCCCCGGCCUGGCCACCAUCUUCAUGCACCGCUUGUGUAACGGCGGCAAGGAGAAGAGGAUCGCCCGCUAUCCCUACGAGUGGACGCUGAUGGAAAGGGACCGGCGGCUAUCGGGUGUCAACAAACACUUUGUGUCCAAGGGUCUGGAGAACAUAAACUAAGGUGUCAACGCUUUGAAAAAUUCAUCUAUCUAUAGAAAAUGAUUUAACUCUUAAAUAAAGUUAUACAUGUGUUCA